UAUUCGAGAGGUUGCUCAGUCUCACCACAGUCUGGAACAGGAACUGGCUCACGCUGUCAAUGCCAGCUCGAAGGCUAUGGACGUGGUCUACUCCAACUCCAACACUUCUGGGGAACUGGGCUGCAGUGUGGUCCUUCAGAUGGUUGUAAACGUCAAAGCCUUACUCAGUGAGACUGAACUGCUGCUGGCGGGAAAGAUGUCCAUGCAGCUAGACCCUCCUCAACAGGAGCAGUUGAAUGCAGCUCUGAGCUCUGUAGCUCAGCAGCUCCGGCGACUGGCCGAUGUUUCCUGGUUGUGUCCCAUCAUCGAUCCCUCAGACCAAGAGGGUCCUCUCACUGAUUUCUCAAAGAGAAGCCGGAGUGCAAAGUUCAGACUCGUCCCAAAAUUCAAGAAAGAAAAAAAUAAUAAGAACAAAGAAACCUGCGCUACUCUCUCACUGCCAGUUCACCAGUGGGGGACAGAGGAGGUGGGGGCGUGGCUGGACUUUCUGUGUCUCACUGAGUAUAAGGACAUCUUUAUUGGACAUGAUGUCCGUGGAGCCGAGCUCAUCCACCUGGAGAGGAGGGACCUAAAGGACCUGGGCGUGACAAAGGUGGGUCACAUGAAGAGGAUCCUGCAGGGCAUCCGAGAUCUCAACAGGAACAGCAGCGCCAGUGAGGCCUGACCACUGCCAGGUGACUGCUCCUCUCUUACCUCAACCACGGCCUGUGACAUCACAGUAGAAGCUCACUGUGAUUGGUUGUUCUAUAAGACAUUCCCAGGAGUUGACCUAUUUUGCAAUAGGCAAUGACCAUAUUUGAUCAAGAGGGAGGAACAGCUCCUCCCACUUGACCAAAUAUGGUCAUUUGUGUAUCAGUUGGAUUAGGAUGAGGCAAUCAAGACUCUUUGAUUGGACGAGGAUCCUGUCUGCCUCGUCACAGAACCAAUCAGACCCAUCAGUGCCUUUUCAACACAAACCAGCCAAUUAGCUUCAAGGACACAGGGGGACCCAAACCAAUCAGAUCGCCCCCCUGGUCCCGGACAUGAGGACAACGCUUUAAUCUGCCAAAGACCUGAACUCUGAAGGACACGGGAGGGGGGGCAUCCUGCUGACUUUGAUAAACAGGAAGUGAUGAAAGGGGACGUACCAGUCUUCUUUCUGAUGUCCUGAUUACACAUUUGAAGGGACCAACCAGACGAGCAGCUGCACUGAACCUGAUCCAAUAGAAGACACGAAUCACGCCCAGCUCAGUAUCGUCCAAUCACAUCGCACAGAGAGGUUCCCAUUAGUUUACCCAAUCAGAUGUCAGCUGAAGACAGUUUGAUGUUUUCAAGGUUGAGAGAGAAGGUUCUUCACACUCGUUCACGUCUUGAAUCAAUUGAUGUUUGUUUGUUUGUUUGUUUGUUUGUUUACAAACUGUAAACAGUCUUUAAUCUUUGUUUGUGUCGUUUGUGAUCUUUAAUAAUAUCGUGACGUGUUCUUGCUCUAAAUGUUUAAAUGUGUCAAAGUCACUACAAUAUCAAAUAAACAAACAAACAAACAAACUUGUUUUUUCUUUGUGAGUUUUCAUUAAAAAGCUUGUUUUUCAACUCAGGAUGCUUCAGUGGUGAUGUGACUCCAGAUCCAGAUCUAGAUCCGGAUCAAGUCUUUAACCCUUUAUUUCUGUCAGGGAUCCUGAUCUGAUCCUGAUCUGAUCCUGAUCCUG